AUGGAUCAUACCUUUAGUAGUUUUGCUACUAUCAUAUAUGCUUUCAAUGAUAAAAAUGGGAGAGAGAUGCUCUGGAAAGACUUGACUGCUUUAGCAACCAAUGAUAAUUGGUUUUUAAUGGGAGACUUUAAUGAUAUUCUUUCAAAGGAGGAGAGAAUAGGCCAUAAAGUCAAGUAUUAUCCAGACAUAGCUUUUGCAAAUUGUGUUGAACAGUGUCAUUUGGAAGAUGUGAAGUCAACUGGGAACUUUUUUACAUGGUCGAAUAAACAACAGGGGCAAGAUAGAAUUUGGUCUAAAAUUGAUAGAGUUAUGGCUAAUCAAGCAUGGCUAGAUCAAUACCGAACAGCAGAGGUAAAUUUCUUGAAUGAAGGGACCUUUGAUCACUCUCCUUGUGUAUUGUCCUUGUAUCCAAAGAGAGCUGAGGGGAGGAAGCCGUUUAGAUACUUCAAGAUGUGGAGUAGUUACCCGAGCUUCAGGAGCAAAGUGUAUGAAAUGUGGAACAAGCAGAUAUAUGGGACUAAGAUGUACCAGGUGGUCUCCAAACUUAAAUCUCUUAAACCGAUCCUAAAAGAGAUUAACAAAGCUGGUUUUUCUGAUAUACAUUCAGCUGUACAGAGAGCUAAGGAUGAACUUGAAAAUGUGCAGCAACAAUUACAGCAAAAUCCUCUUGAUGUUGGGAUGCUUGAUAGAGAAAUAACUGCUAGAGCUAAGCUAGUUCAAGUGCAGCAGGACUACUCAGCCUUUUUACAGCAGAAGGCCAAGGUUACUUGGGUACAAAAUGGUGAUCUAAAUACUGCAAUUUUUCAUGCAAGUAUUAAGCAAAGGGCUCGACACAAUCAGAUAUUCUCCAUAGAAAGCAAGAAUGGCACCAGAAUCACUGAUCCAAAUCUGAUCUCUGCAGCUUUUGUUGAUUACUAUAAGGAGUUGUUGGGAACAAGUUUGGCUAACAGAAGACCAGUGCUAAAGAAGCUUGUCAGCAGAGGUGUGGUUGUAUCUAAACAACAAGCUGAGAACCUGAUGAUGCAAUUCACCAAAGAUGAGGUUAAAACUGCACUUUUUGACAUUCCUGGGAACAAAGCUCCAAGACCGGAUGGUUACUCGAGUUUCUUUUUCCAAGAUUGCUAG